UCGGAACAGCCAGGAGGUCCCGCCCCCAGGCGGAACUCGGGGUUGCUGGGCAACCGGUGGCGGCUCCGCGGGCAGGCUGUGUGCUCCCUAGAGCGAGCCCAGGGUAGCUCCCACUUCGACCCCCGGCUGCUUCCCGUCCCGCCGGCUUCCUCUCCUGCCGCCCCUCCUCGCGCCCCGGAAUCCCUGCCCUUGGCACAAAGGAAACCUCUCCGGCUGCCACGACGCCUUAGCGCCCAUCAGCGUCGAAGCCAAGUUCCAUCGAAAGCCAAGUGCUUCGACCCCAGGCGGGGCCUCCACGUUGACUGGCCGCGCCUCUCGGACCAUGAGCACCUACACGUACACCUUCACCAGCCGGCCCCGGGUCCUGCCCUGCCAGCGCCGCCGUUACCGGGACAGCCUGAUGCAGCCAGCCGAAGAGCCCACGCCGUACGCGAACAUCAUGUACGACCGGCGGGUGAUCCGGGGCAACACCUACGCUGUCUACCAGGAGCCGCCCCAUGGGCAGCUCAGCAAUGCAGAGCUUCAGAGGCACCGUCGGAUGCAGAAGAGGGCUCUUUCCAAAAAACGAACCCAAGAACAGCUGAGGCCGUGGACGCCGGAACCCGUGGAAGGCAGAAAGCACGUGGACGUGCAGACAGAAUUAUACCUUGAAGAAAUUGCCGACCGAGUAAUAGAAGUUGAUAUGGAAUGCCAAACAGAUGCGUUUUUGGACAGACCACCAACGCCACUUUUUAUUCCUGCCAAAACUGGCCGAGAUGUGGCCACGGAAAUACUGGAAGGAGAGCUCUUUGACUUUGACCUUGAAGUCAGGCCGAUGUUAGAAGUUCUGGUGGGAAAGACCAUUGAGCAGGCUCUCCUGGAGGUGAUGGAGGAAGAGGAGCUGGCCAACCUGCGGGCCGGCCAGAACGCGUACGAGGAGCUGCGCAAUGUUGAGCUGGCCGAAGUUCAGAGACUCGAAGAGCAAGAGAAACGGCACCGACAGGAGAAAGAGCGCCGGAAGCAGCAGCAGUGGGAGGUGGUGCACAAGCACAGGCAGACGGCGGAGAAGAUCGCCGCCCGCGCCUUCGCCCUGCGCUACCUGUCCGACCUCCUGCCCUCGGUCUUCGGCAGCCUCCGCGACGGCGGCUACUUCUUCGAUCCCGUCGAGAGAGAUAUUGAGCUAGGAUUCCUUCCAUGGCUAAUGAAAGAAGUCGAGAAGACUGUGGAACACGGCAUUGUGGGAAGGACAGUGCUUGACAUGCUGAUCCGUGAGGUCGUGGAGAGGAGGCUGACCAUGUACGAGCGUAAGGACAGCAAGCUCCCGUCGGUGAAACCCGAGAGCCGGCCCAGUGGCCCUGCAGCGCGGAGGAACCCGCCGAUGGGCCACGAGUUCCAGGACCAGCGGCCCCUUGCAAACCCUGACUCCCUGCGGAGAACAGACAGAGUGUCGUCCCAGGAGAGGAUGCUCAGGGAGGAAGAGGAUGAACUGACGGAACUGAGGAGCUCCUCCCGGAGGGAGGCCUGGGAUGCGUGAGGCCGCCCGGAGCCCACCGGCACCGGCGCCGCAAGCGCCAGCGAUCAGGUCAGGCCGAACUGCGGGGGCGGGGGUGGGGGUGGGGGGUGGGGGCCUCGGGCUGCACCGAUCGGGUCGCAUUGCGUUGGCGCGGUUUUUGUCUGAUGGGCCAGGCCAGUCGAGAAAUAAUGUUGAAAUAAUAAAACCUAAUAAUAAGUGAAGCUUAAAUACUUAAAUACUUCAUUUAUUUGACAAUGAGAUACCUUUCAAGUUAUAACUCUCGUGAGAAUUAUGCUUAAUGAUAAGCUUCCCAUUGUCACUAUAUAUAACUAUCAAAUAUAUUUUUUCUUAACCUUUCUAA